AUGAAGUUCACUUCCAACAUUACCGGGCUUAUACUCGCCUUUGCGACCUUGGGAGUUGUCUCCACCACUGUCCCUACCAAGGAACGCGCAUGCUCGGCGACCCGUUCUUAUCCUUGCGCCUGCCCGACGGGCAAGAACUAUUUUGAAACUGCAACUCUUGCCAUCAUUGGCAGCAAGAUCGCCGACUCUGAAGCUUUUCUGAACAGCUUUUUUGACACCGCUUGGUAUGGUGGUUCAAACCCAGAUUCUACCAAGGGUCCCAACAACAAGCCUGGUUCUAUCCGCACUUUUAAGUCACCCACUAGCAACUUUUCUGAGCUUCUAACCAAGUAUACUGUGCGCCGUGACCGGUCCUUUCUUCAGAGUUACCAGGAAUACGAAGACCCCAAGACGGCACCCAAGGGCUGGACUCCGGGAUUUUAUGUUACUAUGGAGGGUAGGGGUCUCUUCCAGAAUGAAACUGAGAUCUCUUUGAGAGCCCAUGGCUGUUGGGCCGGUUCAUUGCCAGAUCUUACCGCGUCACAUGAAGAAGGCCUCCGAGGUGCCGUCGCGUUCUUGAAGGCUAAGGGAAAGGUGGUUGGCAAGACACCCUCGAACUUUAUCUCGGCUGAUACUGCUUUUGGCAUUUGA